AUGACUACCCAGGUCGAAAAAUCUGACACAAGAUCUUAUGAGAUCUUACAAUAUGAUUGCUCAACCUGGGUAGCACCAAAACGAAGACGACGCGUAUAUCCGUAUCAACUAGAAUUUAAUAAUUGGGCCUUUAAUUUACCGAGUAACAGUAUCGAAAUCAAACAAGCUUGGUCUCAGAUUUCGAACGAUGUCGAUGUUCUUCUCACACACGGCCCACCUGAGAACAUUUUUGAUAAAAAUAGUUUAGGCUUACGUACAGGAUGUGCUCAGUUGCUUGCACGUGUUAAUAUUGUGAAACCUCGUUUACACGUCUUCGGUCAUAUUCACGAAGGAUACGGAAGAAUCGAUUCCGAUUCGACUAUAUUUGUAAAUGCAUCGACUUGUGAUGUGAACUAUCAACCGACUCAAGGACCGAUAGUGAUCGAUUUGGAAUUGAAGGAUAAAAAUUGA